AUUGGCUGGAUAUUUAUGUAACGCACAAAUACAAUGUAACAGCUUUAGAACUCUUGUGUAACUGCAGCGAUCAUUAUUUUAUACAGUCCGGGUCAAUCGGGUGAAUUCUGCCACUUGUCUGCCCUGUUUACUGCUAACCACAAUGGCUUCUGUGGAUCUGGCUAAGGUUGGAGCGAUCCUGGUGAAAAAUGCCCUGACCGGAGAGAUGCUAGAGCUGAAAUCUUUCUGGAAAGACCAGACCACUGUCCUAUUUUUCUUACGAAGGUUUGGCUGCCAAAUUUGUCGCUGGAUUGCGAAGGAUGUCAGUAAACUGAAAGACUCAUUGGAUUCCAACCAGAUACGUCUUGUAGGAAUCGGACCAGAAAAUGUUGGACUGAAAGAAUUCUUGGAUGGUAAUUUUUUUAAAGGAGAAAUAUAUCUAGAUGAAUCUAAGCAGAGUUACAAAGAUCUAGGAUUCAAAAGGUAUAAUGCGCUGUCUGUAGUUCCUGCAGCCCUUGGGAAGAAAGUUCGGGAGAUUACCACAAAGGCAAAUGAAGAUGGUGUGCAAGGUAAUUUCCAAGGAGAUCUUCUACAGAGUGGAGGGAUGUUGAUAGUGAGCAAAGGAGGUGAAAAUGUGAUCCUACACUUCGUACAAGAUUCUCCUGGGGAUUUUGUACCUUUGGAAACUAUUGUUAAAACUCUCGGAAUCACUGCUGAUGUGCAAGCAAGCCAGCGCCCACAGUGUAAUGAUGAUGUUUGUACAAGAUGAAGAAACAUUUGGAUACUGCAGAACAAAAGCAUCACCAUUGAGCUUUUAUGAUUGAAUAGAAUACUGUUGUUUUUUUUUUUUUUUUAUACAUCUCUUUCAUUAAAUAAAGACAUAAAUUAUUUCUAAA